GUCAUGAGGUUUGGGGAUGUGGAAAAUUUGAGAGGCCUGUCCAUCAGGCUGCAGCUGUCCAACACUUUCUACGAGUCUUCGGGUCAGUGGUGGUUCUCGGUGGACAACGUCUCUCUGCUGUACAACACCUCUGAGGAGGCUGUGUUCAACGCCAGCGAUGUGUACGCUCCAUCCUCCUCCUCCUACCACUGCCUCCAUGUAAGUAGCCUGAAGCGCUACAGCGCCCUGCUGCUGCCCAGCACCGACCACGCCCACCGCUGGUCCAUCACCUUCACCAACUUCCAGAUUCAGGCGUUCAACAUCACCUCUGGUAAAUUUUCUCCUGCGACUGACUGCGCCACCUUUCUGACACCGGCCAUCCUGAUGGGCCUCAUCACUUCCCUCAUCCUGCUGCUGGUCCUGGCCUACGCCCUGCACAUGGUCAUCCACCUGAAACAUAUCGAGCAUGACGACGAACACAAGGACGACGUCUACUUCCCCCAAAACACUGAACAAUGCUGUGUGGAAAACUUUGCUGAGAAAAAUAUUCUGUAGAGAGAUAAUUAGACACUUCAAAAAGAGUCACAGCUGAUUUGAUGCUAACAACUGGCACCAAACCUCUGGUGUGAUGGUAUACUUUCAGCUCAGGAUCAGAUUUUUAAAUAUAUAUUUCUAGUUUUUUUAUUUGCCUAUUUGUGAGUUUCUGUAGGCCUAUUUGUAUUUAUAACAAAUUUAAUAAAAAUAUGGGUAAAAAAUAUAUUUUGUUUUGUUCCGUUUCCCUCUUUGUAGUAGGUAA